AUUGACAGAAAAAUUACGGAGAGAGAUAGAGAGGAGAGGCGCAGCAGACAAAGAGGAGGAGUGGAGGACGGGUUGAGGAUUUGGUUUGAGCAGGAGAAAGUAAAGAAAACGAAAGUGGCUUCUUUCUCUAUGUCUCCCAUAAUUACUUUUGUGUCUUAGUUUACACGCACACUCAGUCAAAUGAUUAGAUAGACUUUGUGAUCUCAUCUCUUCCUCUUUUUUAGGGUUUCAUUUCCAAAAACCCCAUUAUUCUUUUCAUUUCAAUUCUAUAGCUACCAACCUUUACGAGAAUGCUUCUUUUAUUUUAUAUGUUUAAUCAAAUUCAAUUUUGAAUUCAAUUCAAUUUAUUUGUAAGAGAUGGAGAACGGCCAUGGUGGAAAUUUUGUUGAUAAGUUGUCGGGAUUAGCACUCAAUGAUCCUAAUAAUAAUACCAGUAACCACCACCACAACAACAACAACGACAGUUUAUUUCAGGUUAUGAAAGCCGUGGAAGAUGCUGAGGCUACCAUCAAACAACAGGUAGAAGAGAACACCCAAUUGAGGACUGAACUUCACAGGAAAAUUCAGGAACUUGAAAAAUAUAAAUUAGAGGAAACAGUGGCUCAAAGAUCUCAUGGUGAUCCGUGGAAAGAGAAUCUUCAUGGACCCUAUGAAUUUCGCCAAUCAGUUCCCUCAGGAAGUAGCCAAGUAGAUAGAAUUAAAAGCAUUUCCAACACUCCUGCAGUUGAUCCAUUGGGUAUUCUGGUUCUUCAUCAUGAUCUGAAACCUAAUGUUGAUGGUGCUGCGUUGCAAAGCCAUUCAGAAAGCAAAUCUGUCAGCCACAAGAACAAUGGAUCACUAAAAGUUCAUUCUGGUAGACAAGUACAUUCAGAUAUUGUGGGUCCCUCUCAGUUAUCUUCACCUUCUACAGCAUCCUUUUCUCCUACCGGGUACCAAAUAGAUGGAGAAUACGAUCAACGAUUUAAUUUGUCUGGACAGGGGCUGAUGCCAAUGGCUGAAGUAAAUAAUUCUAGCAGUCUUUGGAAGCAGGACAUUGUUCUCAAGGUUCGGGAGCAAGAAGAAGAGAUUAUGCAGUUACGGAGACAUCUUGCUGAAUUUUCUAUCAAGGAAGCACAAAUUCGCAAUGAAAAAUAUGUUUUGGAGAAGCGCAUAGCUUAUAUGCGUCUGGCCUUUGAUCAGCAGCAGCAAGACCUUGUUGAUGCUGCAUCAAAAGCUCUUUCUUAUAGGCAAGACAUUAUCGAGGAAAAUAUACAUCUCACGUAUCAACUACAGGCUGCACAACAAGAGAGAUCAACUUUUGUCCAGUCUUUGCUGCCUCUCCUUGCAGAGUAUUCUCUGCAGCCGCCUGCCCUUGAUGCCCAAUCCAUUGUUAGCAAUGUCAAGGUUCUGUUUAAACAUUUACAGGAAAAGCUCCUUCUUACUGAGUCAAAGCUUAAGGAGUCACAGUAUCAAUUAGCACCUUGGCGUACGGAUUUGACUCAGUCCAAUGUUGCUCCACAGUCGCCAUCUCAUUCCACUGGUGCAGCAUUGGUUACUGCAAACAAAAAUGGACUUGAAUUGGUUCCACAGCCAACAUAUUCGCAGGGAAUGGUACCAACUACUGCUGAUGCUCCAGCAGCUGCAGAUUGGGAUUUGAUGGGUCAGAAUCAGGGUGGUUUGGGUGGUAUCAUUGGAAAAACUGUGGAUGAUGAGAGGUAUUCACCUCUUGCAAGCAGGUGAGCUGGUCAAAAGGAGACUGCUACUGUGAACUGAAUGUACAAAUUACAACCAUCUGCAUUUGUUGGAUCUCUGCUUCCCAAGAUAUACGUAUGACGUUUACCAGCACUCAGGUUGAUGCACGUGUUGCACAUGUUCCACCUCUCUCACGUGUCGCACAAUAUGGUGAAGAAACUGCCAAUAAACAAGUUAAAUUUCAGGAC